AUGCCGGAAACAAUAAGUCGAGUUCUUGCCUUCUCCAACGAGGGCGUGCACUUGGACGCAUUCAACAGUCAAGUCAAGCCAAUACCGUGCAUUUGCUGCAAGCUUGGGCAGGAGUGGAUUGCAUACUCUACAAGCCUCCAGCUGAUCAUACGAAACACAGCGACAGAGGAGGAAUAUGUCCACAGCAUAGCAGAAAUUAAGAGCAUCGAGUGUCUGCUGGAAAGCACAGUGUCUGUGAUAACAAAGAGCGAGAAAAUGUAUCUUAUCCAGAAAGGAGAAGUGCUAUACAGCGCAGAGCGCGUUAAAUCUGCUGCGCUAUCAAGAGACUAUCUUGCAUACACACAAGAAACAGACGAGCCCGUAUCCGAAAAUACAAAAGCAGAAAAGAGUAUCUCCAAAACAGCAGAAAGUGAAAAAGAGAAAAUGGCACCUGAAGAUCCUGCAGUAGAGAGUGCCGCAGAGCCAGGAAAAGAGGUAGGUAAAACAGAGGAGCCAGCUACUGAAAAAACAGCUGAGGGAAAUUCAGCUGCAAAAAAACCGGUUAAGACAGCAAAACCCGUACCAGCAGCUAAAAAAGAGCCAGUGUUCCUGAAAAUACAGAAAAAACAGGGAAUGUGCACGGCAGCCAUAAGCAAAGCCAAGCCCAGGGUCCUGAAAGUAUACUCGAUCGUUGCUCGAAAAGAGGUGCCCGAAAUAAAAACACCAGCCCCUCUGCUAUACUCGGUUACGAACAAGUGCCUAGUCACAGUGCGAGUGUACAAAGGAUCAGGCGGUGAAAUAGAAAUAAUUAGAAUGGAGAACGGAGAAAAAGUCAAAAAACAGGUUGUUCUUAAUCUGAUAUCAGCCAGCCUUAUCCAAGACACGAAGUACAGCGAAGAAAGAAUGAUAUGCAUGUGCUCUCUGGACAGCAAGAACGAUACGUACUAUGACACAAAGGCACUGUACUACAUGGACACAGAAAAAGGAGAGAUCAAGCUCAUGUCAGGUGUGGGCAAUCCGAUCACAGACGUGGCGUUCUUGAAGAAGAGCGAGUUUGCAGUGUGCUAUGACAACAGCCCCAGCAAAGUGUCGAUAUUCAACUCAAAAGCAGAAAAAGUAAAAACAGUAAAAGACGGGAUCAGAAACAAAAUAUUCUUCAACAGACAGGAAAACAUUGUCUGCUUUGCCGGAAUGAACAACCUGCCUGGGAACAUGGAGCUAUUCGAGUAUCCAUCAGAGAUGGCUCUUUCUGUGAACGAGGAGAUAGGAUGCUCAGUGAUUGACUGGUCGCCUGAGGGGAGAUAUUAUAUAGUUGGAAUAACGAGUAAGAUGUCGAUCGACAAUAAAAUUCUACUUUUCGACUACUACUCGCAGAAGAUAGCAGAGCUGGCGUUUAGCGAGCUCAAAGGGUGCAUCUUUGCAGGGAAGAGUGUUCCGUUUUCGCCCGUUGAAAGCCCUCCUGCGAAGAUACAAAUGAAGAAGACAACACAAUACGUUCCUCCAUCUCUGCGAAAAGGCGCAGUAGACGAAGAAACAGGGUGGAUUCCUGCACACAUCAUAAAAGAUAAGGGAAAGGCUAAAGAGAACAAAAUAGCAGCGAUCAGGAAAGAGCUCAUGGAAAUAGAAAAAAUAGAGCAGCUAAUGUCUAAGGGACAGGUGGUGCAGGGAGGAAUUCUAAAGAUCCAGAAAAAAGAAUCUCUUUUGAAAAAACUGAACAAGAAAAAGAAGCCCGUUUCUUAG